AAGAAUGCGUUAUUUGGUGUGGAUUUGGAAACGAUCAUACUUCGAGAAAAUUCAGGUUUGAACGUGCCAUUGUUGGUUCAUAAAUGUGUGCAAGAGGUAGAGCGACGCGCCUUGGAUACUGUAGGGAUUUACAGACUGUGUGGUAGCGCUAGACGAAAAGCCAUGCUGCGAGAGAGUUUCGAGAACAACGCACAGAUGGUGGACUUGUCUCCGGAGAAUGUCUCCGACAUACACGUAGUCACAGGUGUGUUGAAGGACUACCUACGAGAACUGCCUGAGCCUUUGUUUACCAAUGCCCUGUACCAGAUGCUGCUGGAUGCCUUAAGUGUGCGGCUGCCCUGUGAUCCAGAAGGAAGUGCUAAGUUGAUGCUCAGCAUUUUGGAAUGCCUCCCUUCUGCAAAUCAG